AUGAAUGAACAACUUUUGGAAAUUCAACCCAAGGAACUCAAAUUCAUAUUUGUUCUGACAAAGCAAAGCUCAUGCUCAAUUAGUCUUACCAAUAACACCCACCAUUAUGUUGCAUUCAAGGUAAAAACUACUUCCCCUAAGAAAUACAGCGUACAAUUAAAUGCAUACAUUGUUAUGCCGAAAUCUACCUCUGUUCUUACUGUCACAAUGCGAGCCCAAGCGGUAGCUCCACCUGAUAUGAUGUGCAAAGACAAGUUUUUAAUUCAAAGCACAGUUGUGCCUGUUGGGACAACUGAUGAGGACAUCACAGCUAGCAUGUUUGUCAAAGUUGAUGGUAGGUACAUUCAAGAGAACAAGCUGAAGGUGACCCUUGUCAGCCCACCUAUUUCACCAGUAUUGUCACCAAUUGACGGGUCAUUGAAGCAGGGCCCAGCUUUUGAGGCUUCAAUACUGAAAGAACCAGUAUCGAGAGUUCAAAUCCUCACACCAUCAGACAUGGCUACUAAGAAUAUGGCGGGGUCUGAGAUGUUAAACAGUGAGGAAUUAAAGCCUGACAAAGUUGAAGAAUUAAGGCCAAGGAAGGAUACUAUUGAUGAAUUGAAGACUAAGAAGGAUGCUUACAGCAAGGAUGCGGAGGUGAAGCCUAGGAAGGAUGUCGUUAAUGAGGAAGAAGUAAAGCCAGAAAAAGAUGUAGAGCUUAAGCCUCUGAAGGAUGUUGUUGACAAUGACGAAUUAAAGCCAGGAAGGGAUGCUGCAUUGGAACCAAGGAAGGAUCCUCCUUUUAGUGAGAAGUUAACCACACAAAAUGAUACAGAGUUGAAUCUAUCAAAGGAAGUGGAUGAUAGUGAAGAAUUGCAGUUAAGAAAGGAUGUAGAGUUGAAGCUGAUGAGAGAAGUUGAGUCUAAAGCAAAAAAGACUGCAGAGGGGCAGAAGUUAGUUACAGACAUCGAGGACAUGAAGUCAAAAGUAAAUGAACUUGAAUCAAAGCUAAAUGAGGUCAAGGUGACUGUUUCAAAUCUCAGAGAAGAGAUGAGAUUAAGCUUUCAAGAGAGAAAAAUGUUGCUGGCAGAAUUAGGAGCUUUAAGGAAUAAAACAGUGGUGAAGAAAGUUAAGGUGGGAUUUCCUCUUCUGUUUGUGUGCAUAGUGGCAUUCAUCAGUUUCGUGCUUGGAUGCCGGCUAAUCCCUUGAAAGAGAAAUGCACACCAAAUGGAUUCAUUAAAGAAAGCUUGUUGAUUGUUAGAAAGAAGAAUAGGCACCACCACUACACGAUUACUUUUG